ACAGCCCGCGAUAAACGAAAGAGAUCCUGGACAGGGAAAGCGAGCCCGUGCGGUGUGGUCGAGCCAGCCAGCCAGCGAACAUGGCACAGUGGAGGUGGCAACGACACCGGUGAGGCGAGCCUGGUUCCUGAAGAACUCGCUCGCCUGCUCUGCCUCCCUCCCUCUCACAAAAUCACCAGGGGUUGCGGGCUGUGGCCCUGGAGGGCAGGGCAUGCACGCGCGCGCACGACCGACGACCCCCUCGUGCAAGCUGCAAACCACCACCCCACCUCGCCCCCACGUUCCCUUACGUGCCCUCCCGUCCAGCGCCGCGCGGUUGCCCAUCGAAGCGGCCAAGGCAGGGCGCCAGCGCCACCCGGCCCGGCCCCUUCUCCUGCUUCUGCUUGCUCUGGUCUCCCUCCUCCUCGCGAUCGAGCUCCCGCGCUUGGCUUGGCUUGGCUGCGCACUUGUCUAAAGUCUAAACCAAAGCCGCUCCGGCCAUGGUCGCGUCGCCGUCACCCACACCGUCGGCACCCUCGUCCUCGCCCUGCAGCUGCAGCAGCAGCAGCAGCUGCAGCCCCGUCACGUCCGGCGCGGCGCACCGCCGCCGCCUCCCGGACUUGCCCGCCGCAGCGGACCGCUCCGGCGGGGCGGCGCGUGCGAGGGCCCUGUUCUUCGCCCGGAGGGCCAGCGGCAAGCGGGCGGCGGCCGUGCUCGACCAGGCCUGGGCGCGGAACGCGGUGGCGUGCCUGCUCGGCGCCGCCGUCGUCGUCGGCCUCGUCACGACGACCUCGCGCCGGGGCGCCGUCGUCGGCGCGGGGAUGGGGAGCCGCCUCGUCCGCAGGGCGGUGCCCGCCGAGGCGCUGCGGUUGGGGGAGGAGGAGAACCUCGCCGCCGUGGCUCGCCGCCCGCUCGACGACGACGACCCGCCGCCGUCGCAGAUGAUGGCCCAGGUAUGGACAAAACCAGAUAGCGAGGGCUACACGAAGUGCACUGGACGCACGAAGAAUCGUCACGGAACCAACAGUACGACCGCUGGCUAUAUAAUCGCCGACGCCAAUGGUGGACUUAACCAAAUGAGACUGGGAAUAAGUGACAUGGUCGCGGUUGCUAAGCUCAUGAAUGCCACACUAGUAAUCCCGGCCCUGGAUCACAAAUCGUUCUGGACUGAUCCAAGUGAUUUCAAAGAUAUAUUUGACGUGCAACACUUCAAGCAAACUCUAGAGGAUGAUAUCAUGGUUGUGGACUCCUUGCCGCCAGAUUUCAAAAGGUUCAAACCCUACACUAGAGCACCCAAGUCCUGGGCCAGGGCUUCUUAUUAUAGGGCAUUCACAAAGACACUGAAGAAGGCCAGGGUUGUGAGAUUCACACAUACAGAUUCACGCAUUGCCAACAACGGUCUCCCUCCUUCCAUCCAAAGGCUCCGAUGCCGUGCAAACUACGAGGCGCUAAGGUACAGUCGAGAGAUCGAAGAGCUAGGUAAUACUCUAGUCGGCAGACUGAGGAACGGAUCCAACCACUACAUCGCACUUCACCUAAGGUAUGAGAAGGACAUGCUCUCAUUCACUGGCUGCAGCCACAACCUAACACAUCAAGAGGCAGAGGAGCUGAGGGAAAUGCGACUCAGGGUGCAGCACUGGAAAGAGAAGGAGAUCAACGGUAAGGAGAGAAGACUCCAAGGAGGCUGCCCUAUGACUCCUCGUGAAGCGGCUCUUUUCCUGAAAGCUAUGGGUUACCCUUCCAGCACAAGGAUCUACGUCGUAUCAGGCGAAAUAUAUGGUGUGCGUAGCAUGGACGCGUUGAAGGCCGAAUAUCCAAAUGUCUACACACAUUAUAGUCUGGCAACAGUAAAUGAAUUAGAGUCUCUCAGGCUGUACCAGAACAGGUUAGCUGCUGUAGACUACAAUGUAGCCCUCCAGAGUGAUGUUUUUGUGUAUACAUAUGAUGGGAAUAUGGCUAGAGCAGUCCAGGGCCAUAGGAGAUACGAAGGAUUCCAGAAGACCAUAAACCCUGACAGGCGCAAGCUUGUCGAGCUCAUUGACAAGCUAGAUGAAGGUACAAUAGAUUGGACAGGGUUUGCAAGUGAGGUGAAGAUGCACCAUGGAAACAGGCUUGGAGGUCCGUAUCAGAGGCUGUUUGGUCGAAGUCCAAGGCAUGAGGAGUAUUUUUAUGCAAAUCCUCUUCCAGGGUGCUUGUGCAGAAGAAACACACAGGAUCAAGUGGCAUGAACCUUACAUACGAAUAGACUGUUAUCAUAUAUUGAACUUUCCUCCAACCCAUUGACAUACACCAAACAGUGAAAAUCCGGGUAAACUGACAGCAAAAAGACAAGUUUAUGUAGUUUUCCAUCUUACAUGAGGAUACAAGAGGGAACACUCACUGAAAUGUGCAUUUUCAAAAGAUGUUUAUUCAGGUUUUAAAAUAGAACAGGCAAAGAUAUUCAAAGAGGAUACGUGUUGUACCACAGAGUAUAUAAUUAGCAGAUUUGAUGAGUUUUUAGUGUAUGUUUGUAUUUACUCCAUAGUCCACAUGUAAAGCCUCUCAUGUAUGAGAUUCUUCUGGGAGCCUCCGACACUUGGUUUGUCCUCCAGAUGUACAGCCUUAAAUCUAAAAAUUAACUUUAUUCAUUUA